AUUAAUGUUGAGCAAAACCCCAGUUGCUCUCCUUCUUCUUGUCGCCAUUCACCCACUACUUCACCGUUACCUGUCCUGAUCUCUUCCAAAAUAUCCCCGAAUUCAUAGCCAACGAGGAAAACACAAGAGAGAGCAGAAGAGGAAUCCAUCCAUGGAGAACGGGGGGUCGCCGAGGAACCAGUGGUGUUUCAAGAGGAACGAAGAGCUUACCCGGGCCUCAGCGGUCACCGUUAGAGGUGUGCUAAACAUGGUGAUGGAACAUCUCAACGCAAGUGACCCCAGACCCGUUAUUCCGCUGGGCCACGGCGACCCUUCCGCCUUCCCUUCCUUCCGCACCACUCCUUUAGCUGAAGACGCCGUCUGCGCCGCCGUGCGCUCCGCCAAGUUUAACGGUUACUCCUCCACCGUUGGUAUUCUCCCGGCUCGCAGGGCAGUAGCAGAAUACCUGUCUAAAGACCUUCCACACAAGUUAUCACCUGAUGAUGUUUUCCUAACUAUUGGAUGUACCCAAGCUUUAGAAACCAUUCUGACUGCCCUUGCUCGUCCUAGUGCUAACAUCUUGCUUCCAAGACCUGGUUUUCCUUACUAUGAAGCUAUCGCUGGGUUUCGUCAUCUUGAAGUCCGGCACUUUGAUCUGGUCCCGGAAAAGGAUUGGGAAGUUGAUCUGGCUGCAGUUGAAGCUUUGUCUGAUGAAAAUACGGUGGCCAUGGUUAUUAUCAAUCCAGGAAACCCGUGUGGAAAUGUUUUCAAGUAUGAACACUUGAAGAAGGUUGCAGAGACGGCAAGAAAGCUUGGAAUCUUAGUGAUUGCUGAUGAAGUGUAUUCCCACCUUACCUUUGGAGGUAGCCCAUUUGUUCCAAUGGGAGUAUUUGGAUCAAUUGUUCCUGUUGUUACAGUUGGAUCAAUAUCAAAAAGAUGGAUUGUUCCUGGUUGGAGACUUGGCUGGCUUGUCACAAAUGAUCCAGAUGGAAUCCUCAUGAAGCAAGGGAUUGUUGACAGCAUCAAGGGGUUUCUGAAUAUUACCUCUGACCCCGCAACCUUUAUCCAGGGGGCGCUUCCACAGAUUCUUGAAAAUACCCCAGGUGAUUUCUUUCUGAAAAUUGUUAGUACACUUAAAGAAUCUGCGGAGAUAUGCUAUGAUAAAAUCAAGGAAAUCCCCUGCAUAACUUGCCCAAGCAAACCUGAAGGAUCCAUGUUUGUGAUGGUGAAGCUUAAUCUGUCUCUCCUGGAAGAUAUUAAGGAUGAUACGGACUUCUGCUGUAAGCUGGCUACAGAGGAAUCCGUGAUAAUUUUGCCAGGGGUAGCCGUAGGGUCCAAGUAUUGGCUCCGAGUAACAUUUGCUAUUGAGCCAUCAUCUCUCGAUGAUGGCCUUGGAAGAAUAAAAGCAUUCUGUCAGAGACACGCCAAGAAACAAUGAAAGUUGUUUCUUGGUAUGCAAGAUAUGUUGAUACACCCUUGUGUCAAUGGUGGUGAUAUGAAACUCCGCGUUUCAUCCAAUGGCUCAAAAGUAUUGGAGAAUAAAUGCUUGUAAGAAGAUCUAGGUAUCUUCUUCACUUUCUGCUCUCUGUUGAACACUUGAAAACAUGUCUCAAAAUAUUGCCUGUAAGAACAGUGAAUACAAUCAAACCUGUCCGACUGCCAACAUGUUGUGGAUAUCUUAAUGUUUGUUGCGCGUCGUCCAGUUCUUCGUUUGAAUCCUUUUAGCCAUUGUAACAUUUAUCAGUUUUAGGCCCAGUCUGGCUAUGUGCUUUUAUAAUUGAUUU